CUCGCCUGUCUAUCGCGAUGCUCAGUCCAGUGUAUAUGUCGAUGCUGGGAAGGUAUCUACUGUGGUAUAAACUAGUAGAAAGAAGAGAGAGAUUUGUUUUUCUGACUUACAAUUUCCAAUUCGUAAUUAUUGUAUGAUAUGAGCCAUGUAUGGGCGAAUAUUUCAAAAAUCUAAUCAAUCAGAAAAGGAAAUGCUCUUGGUUAUCAAUGCAAUUAUAUAACAGCAAAUAUAUAUUAAUAAUAAGAAUUAUGUUAUUAUAUAAAGAGUUAUAUCAAUGGAGAUAAGUUAAUUAGAGGUCUAGAGCUAUCAUGUUAUUUAUUAUUCAUUCAACGAAAGUAUAUCGGCACGUAUCAUGUAAUUUUGUGCCCAAGUUUUCUAUCAUGUGUUCUGGCUUCCUAAAGCAAAAAUCAAUGAAAACUUUGCAUAUGGAAGAACAAAAACAAAUGAUGGAUGAAAAAUAUGAUCGAUUGCAGAUUAGUGCAGUAACAACAGUUCCUUUUCCUACUAAGGAAAAAGUUGCAUAUGAGGUGAAAAAAGAUCCAGUAGAAAAAGUAGGAAAGUCAGAAUGGAAAUCUAUAAUGGUCAAUUAUACUAUGCUUCAUAAGCAUUACCUUAAAUUGUCAAAAAUUAAAUUGACAUCUCUUGUUGUAGCAACAACUAUGGCAGGAUAUGCAUUAGCUCCUGCACCAUUUGAUUUUUAUACAUUUACAAUGUGCUCACUUGGCACAGGCUUAGUUUCUGCUGCAGCAAAUACAAUUAAUCAAUUUUUUGAAGUUCCAUUUGAUGCACAAAUGUCACGAACGAAAAAUCGAGUAUUAGUAUGUGGUCAUUUGACGCCUGCUCACGCAGUAGCAUUUGCAACAAUAUCUGGUAUUGUUGGAUUAUCAAUACUCUACUAUGAAGUGAACAGUGUGACAGCGAUGCUAGGUUCUGCUAAUAUUAUUUUAUAUACACUCUUCUACACUCCUAUGAAACGGAUCAGUAUUGUUAAUACAUGGAUUGGUUCUAUCGUAGGAGCAAUACCCCCUCUCAUGGGCUGGGUAGCUUGCACUGGUGAUAUGCUCAUGCCAGCUGCUUGGAUUUUACCUGCUAUUUUGUACAUGUGGCAGUUUCCACAUUUUAAUGCUCUGUCAUGGAACUUGAGACCAGAUUAUUCACGUGCUGGCUAUCGAAUGAUGGCUGUUACACAUCCAAAUUUAUGUCGUAGAACAACUGUAAGAUAUACAAUAGCAUUAAUGACUCUGUGUUACUUAGCUCCUAUAUUGGAUUUAACCCAUUGGUGGUUUGCACUGGCUUCAACACCAAUCAAUGCAUACUUUCUUUAUUUAGCCUGGAAAUUCAAUAAUCAUUCAGACAGUGCUAAUUCUAGAAGAUUAUUUCGAUUUUCGUUACUUCAUCUUCCUCUAUUGAUGGUAUUGAUACUCUCGAGCAAGAAAUAUUGGACUAAUAAGGAAAAAAAGGAGGAAAAUAUAUCUCUUUAUGAGAGGCUAAAAAAGAGUAGUUUACUAACUAUUUUUGCAUCUAUUGCUUCAGCAACUUCUGUGUAAUGAGAUUUAACAAACCAAAGGAUUUGGACAAGUGAGACAUCGAUCUGAACUUCUCUUAGAAACAGAAGUUACCCUAUUCGGUCUACGUGCUAUUCGUUUAAGCUUUUUUGAACGUUUCCGCGAUAUUUCAUUUCCAUCCUCGUCUUUGUAUUCCCUCUUUCGAAAUGCAUCUUCCUAAAAACCCAU